AUGGAGACCAGUGUCCAGUGUGAGGAGAGGACCAAGAUCAGAUGUACCUUCUCCCAGUCUGUGCUGACUCAGCCACCCUCCCUCUCUGCGUCCCUGGGAACAUCUAUGAGACUCCCCUGCACCCUGAGGAGUGACAUCAGUGUUGGUGGACAACGCAUCUAUUGGUUCCAGCAGAACCCAGGGAGCCCUCCCCGGUAUCUCCUGUCCUACUACUCAGACUCAGAUAAACGCCAGGGCUCCGGGGUCCCCAGCCGCUUCUCUGGAGCCAAAGAUGCCUCGGCCAAUGCAGGGCUCCUGCUCGUCUCUGGGCUGCAGCCUGAGGAUGAGGCCGAUUACUACUGUAUGAUCUGGCACAGCAGUGCUUUCCACAGUGACACAGGCAGAUGGGGAAGUGGGACAAAAACCCCGGGCUGCUCAGGGCCUCUGAGGCUGACUCUCUUCUAUUAUUGA